CGCACAGCAAUACGCUAAUACGACGCACAACCACCAGCACCAGCGAGCACAAUGGAGCAACCGAGCAACGAACAGGACGGGCUCAGCCUGGAGCUCACCCUGGCCGCCGACGUGGGUGUGGCGCCGGUGGAGCCCGGCUUCUUCCUCUGCGUCUACUGCAACCGCAGGUUCCGCACCUCGCAGGCGCUUGGCGGCCACCAGAACGCGCACAAGCAAGAGCGCGAAGUGGCUAAGCGCCGCCGGGACGCCGCUGCCGCCAUGCGCCCCUCCCCCGCCUGGAAGGCUGCUGCUCGAAUGCCCGAGGAGCCUGCUGCUGGUGGCAUGGCGCACAAGCACGGCAGCAGCUGCCGGGAGAGCAACCCCGAGCUGGACUUGUCUCUCCGGCUGUAACAGGUCGGCCGAAUGAUCUCUGCUAAAAUCCUUGCUCCACACCCCUUAUUUCCAGUGCUACUUUGCGUGAACCCUUUGUUUCAAGCUCCUGUUGGGCAUACUAUCAAAAACAAAAUACUCCUACCUCAUGCUGGGCAUGCAUUGAGUUCAUCGGCUCUUCUACUUGUUUUUUUUAAUUCUUGGAACCAAAUCUCUAGACAUUCCAUUUCUCCGGCCA